AUGCUCAGAAGAUGCUUUCACUGUGGAGAAAUACUUGAUAUAUGUGCUAAUUCCUUCAAAAUCAAUGUAAAGAAACUGUAUUAUUCACAAGGGCAUAUGCAAAACCCUUCCAGAGUUGCAUCAAAUACCCAUUAUUUAUUCUGUCUACAGGAAAGAUUCAGUCCCUCUCGCUCUAUCCCUCCCCUCAAAUCGUUCCCACCCAUGACGGUCUUCAAACUCCCCCACAUCUUCUUUGCCUUUCCAUUUCCUUCCACUUGGACACUGACCGGCCCUCUCCCCUUUCCUUCAACUAUCCGCAAUCGGUCUGGGCUCCCUUUAAUCCUCAUCGUCGAGCACACAAAGCGACGUUCGCUCCCUGUUCUUGAGUUCUCUGCUCCAGGAGUCUCCUCUCCUCUUCCCAAGCUUCCACCUAUUAAGCUUAAUCCCAGCCCAAUCUCAUCCGGAAGACUGGACGUAGGAUUAGUGUGUCUCAUGGCAGUGCUCCUUCUUGGGUUUAAUCAGUGGGUAGGCGAGGUGCUACUUCCAUUCGAUUGCAUAAUUGACAAAAUUUCCAGACUUGUUGCGGAGGAGAAGAGAAGCUGCGGCACCUUCUAUGGAAGACUCUUGUUAAUGCUAGCAUCUUUUGGUUUCUAUUUGGGGUUUGCUUGGAUCGGUAAGAGAAAGUGGCAAAUUAGCGGGAUUGCGAGCGGAAAUGGCGAGAUCGGUGGGACUGCCGACGAGAUCAAAGCCGGGAUUGAGAGUGUUAUUGUGUUCUUCAUCGAGCGGUGGUGCAAGACUCGAAACGCGAAUGAGGGGUUGACAGCUUUAGCUUUGCCUUUGAUAAUAAGAGUAUAUCUUGGCCCGCCUUCCCUGAUAGGGAGCAUUAUGGAGGACUAUUUUGUUUCGAAGGGGUUCCAUCAGGUACGAGCAGUUACUGACUACAAGAUUAAAGGAUUUCGUGGUUACCGCAUAAGGGGGGCAGUCUCUGCAAAAGUGUAA